AGCUCCAAUGAUGAACGGGUGGUCGGUGAUCGGUGUGCUUUCGGUGGCGCUGUUUGGUGUGGCCACCGCCCAGUACGGGACCUGUGACUACACGUACACGUACACUUCCGGUCAGACGGCGUACAUUCAGUCGCCAAACUAUCCCAACUACUACACGCCGGGGACCAAGUGUCGGUACACGGUGAACGCCCCGGUGGGAAACUACCUCUACAUGCAGUGCUACGAUAUGUAUCUGCCAUCGAGCACCGGAUGUUACUAUGAUAAGCUGGCCAUCUCGCUGAGCGGUGAUUCGAAUCUUGCCGACGCGCAGCUACGCUGUGGGACCACCACGUUCAACGUGCAGUCGACGUACAACAAACUGGUGGUGGCACUGAUCGGAAGUAACGCCACGACCGGAGGCCGCUUCCGGUGUCAGAUUACGGCUCUGCAGAUUUCGUGCGACUGUGGACGACGCAAGACGGCCACGAUCGUUGGCGGAUACCCGACGAUACCGAACGAGUUUCCAAUGAUGUCGGCCCUGGUUGAUGCCGGCACGAAGCAGGUGUUCUGCGGUUCUACCAUCGUGACCGAUCGCUACGCGCUAACGGCGGCUCACUGUCUGCUGCAACGGAGCGUGUCCAGCACGGUGCUAUUGGUGGGCGAACAGAAUGUGAAGGCUGCGAACGAUACGCCGUACUCGCUGGCCAUGCUGCUUUCGACGUUUGUGCCACAUCCGAGCUACAAUAGUGCGACGAAAGUGAACGACAUAGCGCUCGUGAGAACCACCAACCAGAUCGUGUUCAAUCCCGGUGUCGGACGGGUCUGUCUGCCGUUCCGAUUCGGGACGAGCACUUUCGUCGGUGCCCGCGUCAAUGCGCUCGGUUGGGGAACGAUCGAUUUCGGUGCGCCACAGUCGGCGGAACUGCUACAAACCACACUUACCGUGAUCACGCAGGCCGAUUGUUCCACGAAGCUAUCGCAAACGAUCCAGUCCAGCCAGAUCUGUACAUUCACGCCCGGAAACGACACGUGCCAGAACGAUUCCGGCGGUCCACUGUACUACACCGACCCGAGCAGUCAGCUGGUGUACGAGGUUGGUGUGGUGGCGUACGGGGUGUCCUGUGCCUCCAGCUUCCCCAGUGUCAGCACGCGCGUCACAUCCUACCUGGACUGGAUCGUGUCCACCACCGGCUUCACGUUCUGCGAAAAGUAGAG